AUGACCACCAACCCCCCCCCAGCAGCAGCAGCAACAGCAGCAUUCCCCUUCCCAAAAGAGCACUCCUUCCCCCCCUUCUUCACCCCCCAAAUCAACCUCUCGACCCGGCACGCCCAGCUCUCCAAGUGGUCUUCCCUCAUCUUGGCCUAUUGUCGACACCACAAGCUCUACCGCAUCUCCCUCUCCGAUGCGACCACUUCCCCUGCAUCGGUUAUCUACCCCCUCUUCAACAACGAAACAAUCAACCGGCGGCUGGAAGUCUCUUACAUGAGGGAGAUAAUCGAUUUUAUGAAACGACAAGGGAGGGCGGAGUGGUAUGGAGGUAAAGAAGGGGAUCUGGUCUGGGUGUACUGGAGAACGCCGGAGGAGUGGGCGGGGUUGUUGGAGCGGUGGGCUGACGAGACGGGGAAUAAGGGGGGGGUGGUGACUGUUUAUGAGUUGGCUGAGGGGGAGGGGACGAGGGGGUCCGGUGAGUUUCUGAUGAUGGGUAGCAGAAAGGGGUCGUGGCUGACAGCGUGA